AAUGCUCAGAGGGAGAGAUAGGCGGAGAAAACAAAAUACAAUUCGGCAGCAGGGAUUUGUUCCUAAAUUAUCUUGCAACCCUUGCUAGAAGCUAAAAUUUCAAAUGACUUGUAUUUUUUAUUCGAUAUAGGUGCAAAAUAAUAAUUGAUUGCAUCGCAAUAUUUUGCACAUUUCUUGGUGCCAUUCGUUAACCGGCGAAGAUCAAUUAAUCAAUAGAGUUAGAAUAUUGUUUUUGAUUCCAAAAACUAGUUGAAUUUGAGAAGCAGACAAAACAUAAAGGUGAUUGGAUUUCUGUUCGAUUGCAAUACUCUCAAAUUUAUUCUAGUAAGAAUAAGAAAAAUUCUAAUUGGAAUGUUCGAUUGGCUCAGAUUAUGACAGUUCAUUUGGCUCAAAACAUUCUCUCCGCCCAUCUCUCCCUCUGAGUAUUUCUAAUCAAGACCAAGUAAUUCUGUAUGCUACGAUUGGUUUUCAACAGUGCAAAGCUGCAAAGUGAUCUGAAACCUGUCACAGAAGUUUCUCUAUUUUCAUCAAAACACCAUGAACGACAACGAAACGGCAAAAGACGAUGCGUCAAUUGGUUCGAUUGAAAUACUAUCCGAAGGCGGAGAUUCGCAUACCCGGGAUUUGGAGUGGUCAAUCUAUUCCGGUGGCAGAAGCAGCAUCGCAGGAAGUGAUGUGAGUUCGGUGGAUUUCCAAAAAGUGAGCCUCCAUUCCAAAAUGGCUACAAUCGUUCACCACGACGGGCGGCAAUUCAUUGAGCGACGAGAUUUGGACGAUGGUGGUCUUCCGUAUUCGGGAGAGUUUUACCUGGGUGAUGAAUUGUGGAAGCUGAACGGGGAAGAUUGUCUUCUGAUGUCGCACAGACGGUACAUUGCUAAGGUUAGUAUGGAUGGAACGGUUGACCUGGACGGGGCUGUCGAUUUCGAGGAGGCAGUGCGGAUGCUUCUGAACCACUUGAAGGUAGGGAAAGUAUUGCUGGAUGAACUGCUGGAGGAAUGCAAAAAGGCAGAGGGUGUUCUGAAGGUGAAUCUUGAUAAACUAGCAUCAGGGGCAAAUAUCGAUCACAAACGAGAUGUGAUGCUGUUGCGCGUUCUGUUGAAAAAACAUGAUUAUUCACUGCACUGUUCACGUCUAUCAAGUGAAACAAUGUCGGCACUUGACAACUAUGUCACAAUGACUCUCAAAUUGAUCCAACGGAAUGAAAUUCUUGGUCAUUUGAACGAUUCCUCAUUGUCAGACGAGUUCAUCAAUGAUGCCAUUCAGGAAGCACUGAACGUCCAUAGAGCUCAACUUACAGCCAUUUGUCCAUCAACCAUGAACGAUAAACUAAACCAGCUGCUUGACGACCACAUUCUGUACGUUUCCACCGAGGACGUGAAUCUGUUUAACGAGUUGACCACGCUCAACCAGGUCAUAUUUGAAGCUGCCUUGCCAAUGAUCUUCUCCAAAUUGCUGACGAAAGCUAAAGAAAUCAAUGACGAGCAACUCAAUAAUCUCGACCCAUUGUCCAAUCCUAUCUUCCUUUACGUGUGCAAAAGUUUGCAGGAAGUAGCUGAGCAGCUUGGAGCACACACCAAAACUGACAAUGCAAUCAUCUACAGCGAGGCACUUGGUUGGGAGGUGACCAACUUACAGGAAGAGUACCCAACUCCAUACAGCAAAUGUCUCAGACAACAACUUCAAAUGCUAGCUAGGCUGGCAAACCACUUCGAACCGGGCGGACCUUUCCGCACAAGCCGCUUCCCGUAUGAGUUCAAACUGUUCCAGAACAUGGACGUGAUCACCGAAUCAGUUCGCAUAUGGCUGUGCCUUUUGGAUGACUACAUGAAGGACCUGGUGGAUGCCGAUUUCGACAAAAUGGAGUUGCUUUCGAGUUUCUUUAAAUCCUACGUGAGCUUCAUUGCAUCUGAGGACUUUCAAAGCGAAACAUUGGAAUGCCUCCGGAGAAUCACGCACGAUUCGUUGAGAUCGCUGGCAGACAUGAAAUCGUCUCAGCACGAUCGGACCACUGUGGAGCCGGUUUUGCUGGAGUGCAAUGAAAUGAUCAGCUGUUGUUUGGCAAAGCUCCCACGGAAACAUUUUGGAAUCGAUUGCGAUCAACUUGAGGCUAUACUUCGGCAAAUCAUCUUUCAAGCAGCGAAUAAAAACGUUUCAUCGGAUAAAUCGUCUACGUUUUUCAAGGCUUUCAAGCAUCUUCUGGAUGAUAUAAGUGACCUUCCGUUCGAAUGGCUCAUACAGCUUCCUCCGUCGGACAAACGUACUCUGUUGCUGCGUGGCCAAUUCAUCGCUCCGGUAGACAACCGAUGGAAAGACACUGAACAUGAGUGCUUGAAAGUUGCGGAUAUGGAAGGAUUCGUUAAGGUUUAUCGAGCAUUGCAUGAUGGCGAUGAAAUUCCCCGGCACUAUCAACUCGAAGUGGUGCAGGUGUUGCUGCAAUACGUAGACGAACUCGCAUCGAAACAAAGCUGGACGGAAGGACACCGCCUAUCCGUUGAGGAUCAGCUGGAUGCCAUGACCUAUUCGAUCAACUCCAUCAGAAGCGCCAUACUCUACCUCAGAGGACAACCGGACUUUUCGUGCUUCGAGGAAUUUCUAACGAAGAUGGGUGAACCAUUUGCCCAAGCAAUUGAGAAGAGUAGAUCGCUGGAAGAUUUUGGCAAUAGAUUGUUGCAGGUGAGCGACUCGAAAUUGAAGGAUUUCGAUAUUAAUUCAAUCGAUGAUGAAGAGACGUUAAAGCUUAUUUCCGAAAUUGGGGGUCCUGAAGCUACAUGCUUAGAAACUGCGCUUAAGAAUUAUAUAGCUGAAUUCGACAGGCACAUAACGCAAACUAACGAACUGACACGGGAAGCGAGAAUCAAUUACAUAGUUUCGCAUGUUAUUCGUCCUAUGCCACGGCCUGUAACUGGCUGGACAGAAAAGUUCAAACGAGAUAUGUUGCCGAAAAUUCUUGCUGGUUUGAGCGCAGUGUGGUCGCUCAUUGUUUCCAAAAAUGGGAGCACUUUAGUCAAACCCUGCUACAAGCACAUUUAUAGUGUACUGCGUCUUUUCUCACUGGAUCUAAAUGAUCUUAAACAUAGACUGCUGAUUACGUCCACCCGAGAAGGUAAGGAGCUGGUGCUAGGAUUAACCGCUGCAUUGCUCGUUCUAUUCAAAAACAAGGUUCAAAUCGUUUGUUUCAACAGUAAUUUAGCCAGAAGAAAUGCAACAACUUUACUGGAGCUAUUAAAAAACUUCACCCUUGAUUCCAUGGUGACAUUUGGAUCGGUGGACGAUAUGGCUAGGGAAUGUUCCAAGGCACUGUUCGAAAAAUACACCAACCAUAUGAACCAAUGUCUCGGACUUGGAACUGCGGACAGUAACUCUUCAGACCAGCAACCGCAACAAAAUAACGAAUCAAUUCUUCUCAUCGAUGACAUUGAUGUUUUGCUCUUGGAAAAUAAACUGGGACAGGCAUUCGAGCGGUUCGUGAUCCCCACCAUUCCUGGGCUUGGCUUGCUACAAGAGAAAAUAUUCAACUCUGACGUGGAAAUAAGUUUGGAGCGAAUCGAAAAAUUCAUCGAUCUGUCUGAUCUUCCGGAAAUGUGUAAGCUACGGGCAUUUCGAGAUGCAUCAACAUAUUAUAAAAUACCUGUAGGGCCAUCAAUGCAGGUCAAAGGCUUCUAUAACAAAACCCUUUUGAAAUGGCAUUUGGAAUCCAUGAUUCACAGCCGUUCGCAACUUACAAGCGAUGGACCUAAAACGGCACAGCCUUCAACAGAUAACGCAUUCGCUGAUUACACCAAUGUGGCAUCUUAUCUGAACCAGAAACAGCCAAACUUUCAGCAGAUUGAAGGAGGUCACAAAAAUUACGGAUACUUAUCGUUGAAUGUUCUAUCAUUCCCCUACGCAAACCUUUUGAACAGUUUUCCGUUGAUUUUGAGCUUUGGAAGCGAGCCCUUGGACCGAUACCAGAGCUCAAUGAUGAAAAUUGCCAGCAAAAUGCACGUGUUUGAAGAGCUCCUUCCAGGAGAUCUCUGUCCAACAAGGUUCAAUUCCAAGAAGAACUUCUUGUUAGUUUCAUCACAACUGGAGUGGUUGAUUGCCAUCAUGGGCGGCAUCACCGCGGCCAUUGAAAGAAACUGCUCGGUGUUGGUUUUCUUCGAGAACAAGCUGAGGAUGCGGCAAUUCCGGAUUGAAUUUACAUCGCAGCUCAAACGAAUGAUUGUGACAGCCAUCGAAACGGCGUCAAAUGGGGAGAACCUCACUGAGCACGAAAUUUCAACCGAUGAGGUAGCUGUGCUGGCGAUCGAAACCUCAGAGGAAUCCGGAAUACAUGAGCCGGUGGAACGAGAAGUUCACGUGAUUCAGACCUUCUUUUCGAGUGACUUCGUGGAGGAGGACCUUAUCAGGAGACAAGCCGAGCGGAGCUACAGUGGUGGCAGCUAUGAAAUCAUUAUGUUGAAGGAAAACACUAUAUUUAAGUCCCAUAAAAUUACCUACGACAUGUUGGUAAAAUUGAGAGAAGCUCUAUGCAUUCUUGAUAUUAAAGCACAUUUUAAAUUACAGACUGAAAAUUAUGAAAAGCUUAUACAGGUUUGUAGCAAAAUUUAAGGAGUUACAUUAAUUCUUAAGAAAUGUUCAGAAAAUCUGGUCACUUGCAUGAAAAUUUAAAAUUAAGCGUGAUCCAUCAGUAGACAAUCAAAGAAAUAAAACAGCACGACUUACC